AUGGGGUCCAUGGUGCCCCGCACCCUCCUCCUGCUGUUCCCAGGAGCCCUGGCCCUGAUUGAAACAGGCUCCCACUCCAUGAGAUAUUUCAGCACCGGCGUGUCCCGACCCGGCCUCGGGGAGCCCCGCUUCAUCUCCGUGGGCUACGUGGACGACACGCAGGUCGUGCGCUUCGACAGCGACGCCCAGAACCCCAGUGUGGAAACGCGGGCGCCUUGGAUGCAGCAGGUGGAGCCAGAGUACUUGGCCAGGCACACACGGCUCGCUAAGAGCACCACACAGAUUUUCUGCAUGGACCUAAACACCCUGCCUGGCCGCUACAAUCAGAGCAAGGCCGGCUCUCACACAAUCCAGAACGUGUACGGCUGCAAGGUCGGGGCAGAUGGGCGCUUCCUCCGCGGGUACAUGCAAUCCGCCUAUGAUGGCACCGACUACAUUGUCCUCAAUGACGACCUGCGCACCUGGACCGCUGCGGACAAGCAAGCUCAGCUCACCAAGUCCAAGUGGGAGGCUGCGGAUGUGGCUGAGCAGCACAGGGCCUACCUGGAGGGGGAGUGUGUAAAGUGGCUGCGCAGAUUCCUGGAGUUGGGGCAGGAGACACUACAGCGCACAGACCCACCCACAGCACAUGUGACCCACCACCCAGUCUCUGACCAGAAGGCCACCCUGAGGUGCUGGGCCCUCGGCUUCUACCCCAAGGACAUCACACUCACCUGGCAGCGAGAUGGGGAGGACCUGACCCAGGACACAGAGCUGGUGGAGACCAGGCCUGCAGGGGAUGGAACCUUCCAGAAGUGGGCAGCUGUGCUGGUGCCUUCUGGAGAGGAGCAGAGAUACACAUGCUACGUAUACCAUGAGGGGCUGCCUGAGCCCCUCACCGUGAGAUGGGAGCCUCCUCAGCCCACUGUGCCCAUGUGGGGAGUCAUCGCUGGCCUGGUCCUCGUGGCAGCUGUGCUCAUUGGAGCUGUGGUCACUGCUGUGAUGAUUAGGAGGAAGCUCUCAGGUGGGAAAGCAGGGAGCUACACUAGGACUAUAGGUGGGGACAGUGUCCAUGGCUCUGACUGCUCUCUCACAGCUUGAAAGGUGCACAUGCUGCAGCUUUUCCCUUCCCUGUGCAAAUCUGAACAACAUAUCAUUUUUCUCAUUCUUGUCAGAGGUGUUAGUGAGAAAAUUUAAAGAAAAUUCCAAAAAAUGGACAGAG